CUCGGCGUGCGCGGGGCAGCCAAAAUCGACUUGAUCCGUCCCUCCCUGGCUACAGACCCCAUCGCCCCUGACCCCUGGCCAUUAUGCUAGUUAACGGACAAAUGGUUCCUAAGGCGGUGUUUCAGUUGGUGGGUCGACAUGGUGCAAAUGAAGACGUCAUCUGGCGAUGGCGCCAUGCUGCUCUCCUUGCCACGGCAUCCCUCUCUACGUUUCGAGACACGCAUCCGAACAUGUGCAGUCAGUUCCAGCUGAAGCAUGAAGCCACCUACUCACAACAUCCUAACUUGGUCCAAUACUUCCUUCCAUUCACUGACGCUCAGUUUCAAGAGCGGCUCGAACAACACAAGGGAGAGAUCGCCAUCAUGCUAAGGUCCUCGGAGUUCAAUCAAGACAAAACUGCCUUGAUUGUGACUAACAACCCACUUCCCCUCUUCAUAUCCGGACAGCAGCUUUCAACACCUUUCCAGUUUUUCCCUGAAGACAUCAGGAGGAAAAACCAACCUGGUUCGGACCACUUACCCCCAGUGCAAGCCCAAAAGAGCCAACUGAGUCCCAGCAACAGGAAGCUGAGGAAACCUGCAGAAUUCAGGUUCUCCAGAGAUAAGGAUUUCACCAGCGAAGCCCAUUUUUCAAAAAAUUACGCGGAGAGGCGCUUGCUGAGAAUGUACCCCCAGCUCCGUAAGCACACGAGGCUUGGUACAAACGAAAUGGAACCCCUCCCCAGUAUUCAAGGCUGGUCCCCCAAAACAACGCAUUGGGAGCCUCUGACCAUCUCGUGCUUGACGGAAACAAGGCAGACUAUUAAUGUACCAGGAGAAGAUGGCUUCAGGUAUGGGAGAGCCCCGCUCUGGAUCGUCGACAGCUCGGUUGUACCUAAGUAUGCCAAAUAA